GACGGUUGAGUCGCCCGCUGAUACGCACCGACAAUCGGCAUAGGCAACAGCAGGUUGUGUGUAUGUGUGACAGUUGUUAGCAUCACACUUCACCGGAGAAGCGGCUAGCGUUAUCUAAGUUAAGUCAACAGGAAGUGGCGGGUGAAUUUAUAUCCUACACAACUCCGGAGUGCGCUCGCCCGCAGCGGGAGACAAACCCCAUUUCCGAGUAACGUCACAGCGAGGAUGUCCGUCCCGGCCGGAGAGGGAUGAAGAUGAAACCGCAGUUGUGGCGAGUUGUGUCAGUGUGGCUGUGUGUGACUGUACUCUGUUGGUGCUUUUGUUAUGUCGGUUGCACAGAGUCGCUCCAAGAGGCCCAGAGGACAGUGUCCUCACAGGACGUCGGUUCGGAGGAAGAGUCGGGGGAAAAGAGUCGUCAUCACAAGGUUGAGGAAAACGGUGUCCUAGCGGCCCACGCCUUAUCUGAAAAUGAGCAGUUCAUUGAGAGGCAUUGGCAAGUAGAGGAGCAGAAAACACAAGAAGUGGAUGAGGAUAAAAAUCAAUACAUAGAGGCCUUUGAAGUAGAGGAGCCAGCUGGAGAGGAAGAGUUGGAGACAGACAAAGACAUUUCACAACCUGAGCCGGAACAUGAGCAAAGCUCUGAAAAUCAACAUCCUGAGACCUCCAUCACUGCAGACGAGGACUCUGCCUCCCUGCUGCCUUCCUCCCACCCGGCAUCUGAAUUUGUUGCUGUGCUUGAAGACGACUCAAACCCCCAUAAUCCUCAAGACAACAUCCCUGAUAGAGUUUCAUAUGAUGCAGCUGAACCCGAGGUCAUCGACUCCGACCUGCCUCCAGCACACUGUGAAGAAGAAGAGAAUAACCCAUAUGACGUUGACAGUCCUCCAAUUGUUCUGGAGAACACGUCCAAUGUUCACACUGCAGGCACCAAAACCGAGAGUGACCCAACUCCGACUUCUCCGACUGGUCACAGCACAAAACAUCUAGAGGCCAACGCAUCAUACGCGCCACAAGAGAAGGACACCAGGUCCCUCGUCACCAAAGGCCCAGAUACCAGUGUGAGCACCAAAGACCCCGAGGACAUCCCCACUUUUGAUGAGUGGACGCGGAAGAUGAUGGAGGUCGAGAAUGAGAAGACUCAGUCAACUCACACUUCUAACAAUGUGGCUCCUCCCUUGGUGAAGAAGGUACAGAAGAACUUCAAUAACUACGCUUCAGUGGAGUGCGGAGCCAAGAUCCUUGGUUCUAACCCAGAGGCGAAGAGCACUUCGGCCAUUUUGAUGGAGAACAUGGACAUGUACAUGCUAAACCCCUGCAGUAAUAAAAUCUGGUUCAUCAUCGAGCUCUGUGAGCCCAUCCAGGUGAAGCAGCUGGACAUCGCUAACUUUGAGCUCUUCUCCUCCACCCCCAAAGACUUUCUCGUCUCCAUCAGUGACAGAUACCCGACAAACAAGUGGCUAAAGCUGGGAACCUUUCACGGCCGGGAUGAACGCACAGUCCAGAGCUUCCCAUUGGAUGAGCAUCUUUAUGCUAAAUAUGUGAAGAUGUUCACCAAGUACAUAAAGGUGGAGCUGCUCUCUCACUUUGGCUCUGAACAUUUCUGUCCCCUGAGUCUCAUAAGGGUGUUCGGCACAAGCAUGGUUGAAGAGUACGAGGAGAUCGCUGAUCCCGCAGAAAGACCAGAUGAUCAGGACGAUGACUUGGAUUAUCCUCCUGGAUACGCACCCGGUGAGGACCGGUUAUCCAACAACCUGAUUGGAUCAGCAAAAGAUGUGAUUCUGAACAUGGUCAAUAACAUCGCUGUCAAUGUUCUCGGUGGAGGCUCAGAGAUCCCAGGUAACCUUUCGUCACCGGGCGUGAACGUGACUGAGCCAUCAGCCCAACUUGAAACCAGCUCUCCAGCUUCCAAUAGAGACCUCACCUCGGGUUCAGACUCCGAAGUUGAAGAGGUUUUUCCAGACCCCAGUACCCUCACAACUGAAGUCCGAUCCUUAGAGACCUCUGUGUCAGAGACCUCCACAGCCGAUACGAGCAAACAAGAGCUCCCCCGAGUGAAAGGAGACAUUGUCAUUCCUCUAGACAGAGAGGAGGAAGAAUCAAUCGGCUCUACAAUCACCCUUUUGGAAAAGGAGGAGUUUGAUGGAGAGAAAGAGACCCGGGAUCAGCAUGAGCAACGACUACAAAUCCAGAAGUACUGUCCACAGCUCUCUUCCCUUUCUUGCUGUUGCGCCGCUUCCCUCCAGGAGUAUCUCCAUCAGCAGUGUUCGACCCUGCUGUCCAAAAAAAGGAAAUGCCAAGCCAUGAAGGGAAAGCAAGUCAUUAUUCCCAUUCUAACCCCCACGUGCCAUAUAUCCCUGUCUCCCUCUGCCUGCACUGCACCUCGGCAGCAUUACAGCGAGGUACAUCGGCCCCGUGAUCAAGAGCAAGCCUCUGAACAGGAAACAAAGAGUGAAGCCAGACCGUCGGAAACGCCUCCUCCUCCUCCAGGGGGCCCGGUACAAUCUCACACAGAGUCUCCGUCUGAACCUCCUCUGCUGGAGCCCAGUCAAACCUCGAACCUCCCCCGACCCAGUGCCACCGACUCAUCCUCUGCCAAACCCGCCCCUAUUAUGGAGACACCACAGCUGUCUGCUGAGGAGCCAAAGCCGGAAAAGAGCCAGGACGUGCUGGCAGAAGACGCGCACGUGGAGCCCUCAGCCUCCCUCAGUAGCUCCGUAAAUGUUAACCCCGAGGUCAGUGCAGCCGUGGACGAUGCCGCCGUGGCACAGAAAGAGAACUCCGACACAGACGCCUCUAAACAAGAGACAAAAGCCUCAAUCCACAGCCCAGAUAAAACGGAUGAAUACCCAGUCCUCCAUCCCACCGCCUCCCCCCAAUCAGAACCUCACCCUGACCCGCCAGCCGUACCCGAAAGCAGCACUCCCUCCCCCGACGUGUCCCACCCCGAUGCAGACACCCCCACAGAGCUUGAGCCCUCGCCCGUCACGGAAACUAAAACGGAUUUUGCGGAAGACGGCUCUACGUCGGCGGCGGCAAGCCCUCCCCCGUCCCUGACGGACGUCUACGCGGAGGCCCCCAACGGCACGGAGCCCAACGGGAACACGGUGCACGGCUCCAGCCAAAAGGAGUCGGUGUUCAUGAGACUCAACAACCGCAUCAAGGCGCUGGAGAUGAACAUGUCACUCAGCGGACGCUACCUGGAGCAGCUAAGCCAGAGGUAUCGAAAGCAGAUGGAGGAGAUGCAGAAGGCGUUCAACAAAACCAUCAUUAAACUCCAGAACACGUCCACGAUAGCAGAGGAACAGGACCAGCGUCAGACGGAGUCCAUUCAGUUGCUGCAGGGCCAGCUGCAGAACUUGACCCAGCUGGUUGUCAACCUGUCGGUCAGAGUCAGCCAGCUGCAGGAUGAGGUGUCCGACAGGCAGAAUUACCUGCUGCUGUCUCUGGCGCUGUGUCUGUGUCUCGGCCUGCUGCUCUGUGCAAACCACCGCCGCGUCCCCACCGGUCCCCCAACCACCGAACCGGAGCCGCCCACACCCAAGAGCUACACCUACUGCUGUCCUGAAAGGCACUUCACUUCCUGUGAUGAGACGGGCCUGAAGAGGAGUGCAUCCUACCCACUCAUACACUCACUUGGCACCAGCGAAGGCCCAGAAAUGCUGCAGGCCGAGGAGACGCAGAGUCUCUGUCCGGCUAACAGAAAGAGGAGACGGCGUAAGAUGAAAGCCAAUGAGAAAGUGGAGACUCUGAAACCCUCUUUUCAUGGCGCUGCAGAGCUGUGUAACGGAGCGGCUUUAUGUAACGGUGUACCUGUCACCACAAACCCCGCCCCCUUCGCCAAACGGUUGCUUCAGCCUCUGUUAAGAGACUCGCCGUCGGAGGGCAGCUCCGAGGGGUCCUCGCAUUCAGACGACCCUUCUUUCUGUGGCAUCGCCACAGCGUGCAACCGAAUCUGUGAUGGGCUCCCUCGACCAAAGACCCGGGCGGAGAAACGGGCGUUUAGACGCAGGCGUCCAGAGCCCAGUUACGUGGGGUUGGACUUGCUUCAGGUCCCGCGAAGGGACAGGAGAGAGCAAAUACGCAUCUCCAGCAUACAGGACAUCAUGAACAGAAAGAAUGAGCCGGGCUCUGGGACGUUUGGGGUAAACGUUGCCCUCUAAGGUCCUGUUUGACAGGACCUUUUUCCCUCCUCACUGACUGCUUAACUCUUUCCCAAAAGAGAUGGAUGUUAUUUCUGUGGCCACUGGCAGUUUUAGGCUUUGAUAUGAGACAAUCCCUUCACUCUCACUUUUAUGUUUUGUUUGUGUUCUCAGUUUAUAUUUGUCAUACUUUAAAUCAAAGAAAUGUCUUCCCAGCUUUCCAUUAAAUAUUUAAAGUUUUGUUUUUGAAAGAUUUACUGUGACUAUUGAGUCUACACGUGAACAACAUUGUUGAAUCAAGUUAUGUGGUCGACACACUGAACAUCCAGCUUUAACGGCACACCUUUUUAUUUAAUAAAAUUCCAGGUCUGA